AGUAGCUCCUCUGUUUUUCCCUCUCAAGUCAAUAACGUCAAUUUUUUUUUUUUUCUUCUCAAAGAAUUCUCUGUUUUUCUCUCUGUCAAGAACAUAGAAUGGCUGCAAAUUCGAACCCCAACAAAUCCUUCGAGGUGGCUCAACCUCCUAAUGAUUCUGUUUCAAGCCUUGCUUUUAGUCCCAAGGCCAAUUACUUGGUUGCUACCUCAUGGGACAAUCAAGUAAGGUGCUGGGAGAUAAUGCUGAAUGGCAGAUUUUUACAAAGCACGCCCAAGGUAUCAAUAUCUCAUGAUCAACCAGUUUUGUGCUCGGCUUGGAAGGACGAUGGAACAACUGUAUUUUCGGGAGGCUGUGACAAGACAGCCAAAAUGUGGCCUUUGUUGUCUGGCACUCAACCAACCACUGUGGCUGUGCAUGAUGCGCCCAUCAAAGAGAUUUCUUGGAUUCCAGAUAUGAACCUCUUAGUCACAGGAAGCCUUGACAAGACCAUGAAGUACUGGGACACUAGGCAGCCAAAGCCAGCACAUACUCAGCAACUGCCUGAACGCUGUUAUGCACUAUCAGUGAGAUAUCCUAUGAUGGUUGUGGGCACUGCAGAUAGAAAUCUGAUACUCUUCAAUUUGAGGAAACCUCAGACUGAGUUCAAGAGAGUCAUCUCACCUCUGAAGUAUCAGACAAGAUGUGUAGCUGCCUUUCCUGAUCAGCAAGGAUUUUUGGUUGGCUCAAUAGAAGGAAGGGUUGCCGUACAUCACGUGGAUGAUUCACAGCAAGAUAAAAACUACACAUUCAAAUGUCACAGACAUAACAAUCAUAUAUUCUCAGUCAACUCUAUAAACUUCCAUCCUAUACAUCCCACUUUUGCAACCGCUGGGUCUGAUGGUGUUGUUAAUUUCUGGGAUAAGGACAGCAAACAAAGACUGAAGGCCAUGGAAAGGUGCGAUCAACCCAUAACCUGCUGUGCAUUCAAUAAUAACGGAUCAAUGUUUGCCUAUUCAGUCUGUUAUGACUGGAGUAAAGGUGCAGAAAAUCACAAACCAGAGGCUGCGAAGACCCAGAUUUUUGUGCACUUGCCAUUGGAUGUGGAUGUGAAACCCAAACCAAGAACUGCAAAGGGUGGUAAAAGAUGAAACAACUAGUAUGUGAUCUACAAAAGAUAUGAAGAAAGGCUGUUGGUGUUGUUUUCUUCACAUGGAUAGAGUUCUUUUCUCCUAAUACUGAUUUUGCCAAAAUGGUGGAGACUUAUCGGUUUCUUUGUUUUCCGGAUCAAAUCCUAGUGUAGAAGAAAGCAUUCUUAUUUUCAUGUUUUCCCAAUUUUUGUCCCCAUUAGUUGUCAAUAUUUUACGUUUAGGUUCUUGGAUCCGUGCUUCGUAAUGUUUGCUAAGUUUGGUGUUUGACUGCUCUGUGAAAGAAGAGAGGCCAUUUUUUAGCAAUCAAAAUUUAGUUCUUUUAAGUUUUGGAGGUUUGUAUAGUUGCUUGAAUUGCUUUUAUAGAGUAAGUUUGUUUUUUCUUGUAUCUCCUUUUUCCUUCCUCUUUUUAUUGUAUCAACAUUUUCUUUCAUUUUUAGAUUGGCAUUAAAGUUGAAAUUUGCUA